CUUCGCGUUACCUCGCGCUUCUCACUUCCUGUUUGGGUGCAGCAGCUGAAAAAUGGCAGCUGAGACAGGAAGAUACAGGAGUGCAGUUAGCAAAAACAAAGACCCCUCUGGUCUUCUUAUCUCCGUCAUAAGGACUUUGUCGAGCAGUGACGAUGUGCAGGACCGGGAGACGGAGAAGGGACGUCUGGAAGAAGCCUUCGAGACAUGCGACAGGGAUUUAGAUGAGCUGAUUGUUCAACAUUAUGCCGAACUCACCACGGCCAUCAGGACUUACCAGAGCAUCACAGAGCGCAUCACCAGCUCCCGCAACAAAAUCAAACAGGUAAAGGAGAACCUCCUGUCCUGUAAGAUGCUGCUCCACUGCAAACGGGACGAGCUGAGGAAGUUGUGGAUCGAGGGCAUCGAGCACAAGCACGUCCUCCAGCUGCUGGAUGAAAUCGAAAGCAUCAAGCAGGUGCCCCAGCGGCUGGUGGCCUAUAUGGCCAGCAAGCACUACCUCCAUGCCACGGACAUGCUGGUGUCUGCCGUGGAGUCCUUGGAAGGCCCCCUGCUGCAGGUGGAAGGGCUCGGAGAUCUGCGCCUGGAGCUCCACAGCAAGAAGCUCAACAUCCACCUUGUGCUCAUCGACGAGCUGCACCGACACCUCUACAUCAAGUCCACCAGCCGUUUAGGACACAAGAACAAGGACAAAAAUGCUGCUCGCCUGCUGGGCUCCGCGGCCAAAGACGCAUCUCCGAACGCCGCGUUGGAUGUCAGCAGCCUGUCCACCCCACGCAAGCUCCUGGAUUCAUCCCAGUUCAGCACACCUGGAUCCUGCAGCGUGCGUGAGCUGCAGCAGGACGCGCGGGAGUCGAACCAAGCGGACCUCUCUGAGGUUGAUCCAGAGGAGAACAGCGCCGAGUUCAUGGGCAUUCUCAUCAAGGCUCUGGCCAAGUUGAAGAAAGUCCCCGAGACCAUCAAAGCCAUAAUGGAGCGGCUGGAACCUGAGCUGAAACAGAUCGUCAAGAGGUCCACCACCCAGAUAGCAGACCACGCGUACCAGAGAGGAGAAAACUUGGCCCAGGAGAGCCAGCCGAGGCUGCUGUUGGACCUGCUGGAGCUGUUGUUUGAGAAGUUCAAGGCGGUGGCCCAUGCUCACAGCGUGGUGCUGGCCCAGCUUCAGCAGAUUGCGGUGCAGUGCCCCGGCGGCGCACACCAAGAGGGCAUCAAGCUCUACGAGCAGGCCGAUGUCUCCGCCAAGAUCCAAACAGUGCUGCAGGUCCUGCUGAUGGAGUAUCUGGACGUGAAGAACAGCCGCAGUGCCACCGAGCCGUCGGCUCAGCUCUCCUACGCCAGGACCGGCAGUGAGUUUGCUGCCUUUUUCGCCAAGAAAAAACCGCAGCGCGCUAAGCAGUCGCUCUUCAAGUUUGAAUCUUCCUCCCAUGCCAUCAGCAUGAGCGCCUACUUGAGAGAGCAGAGGCGAGAACUCUAUAGCAAGAGUGGAGAAUUACAAGGUGGUGCUGAUGACAACCUGAUUGAAGGCGGAGAAAUGAAGUUUGUGUGUAAACCGGGAGCGAGGAACAUCACCGUCAUCUUCCAGCCGCUUCUCAGGUUCAUUCUGGAGGUAGAGAUGAACAUGGGCCCGGGUCAGGCCAAGCAGUGCCAACUGCGAGCCUUCCUCACCUACUACAUCAACGACCUCUUCCUCAACCAGGUGCGAACAGAGAUCAACAAGGAAAUUGAGGCAGUGAGCAAGGCAGCGGACCCUUUGAAGCUCCUGGCCAGCGCUGAUACCAUGAAGGUUCUGGGCGUCCAGAGACCCCUGCUUCAGAGCACAGUAGUGGUGGAGAAGUCCAUCCAGGACCUGAUGAGCCUGAUGCAGGACCUGAGCGCAUACUCCAACCAGUUCCUUGAGAUGGUUUGCGACAAGCUGAAAGAGUACAAGGACAUCUGCAACUCGGCCUACAGGGGCGUGGUCAAGUGUGAGGAGAAGCUCACCAUCAGUGCCUCCUGGUCCAAAGACGAGGACAUCAGCCGCCUUCUCCAGUCGCUCCCAAACUGGGCCAACAUGGCGCAACCCAGACAGGCGCGGCAGAAGAGAGAGGAUGAAGAGGACUUUACCAGGGCGGCGUUUGCCAAGGAGUCGGAGGUGCUCACCGGGAACCUCGGAGACAAGUUGAUCCCCCAGAACGAGAUCCUGCGCGACGUCAGUGACCUGAAGGCUCUGGCCAACCUCCACGAGAGCAUGGAGUGGCUCGCCAGUCGCCUGAAGACCUUCUUCACCAACCUGCCUCAUGCCUCCAGUGUGUCUCCGUGCUCGGCGGACAGCCAGGUGGUCGGCGAGAGCGAGCGGAGCCGAGAGCAGAUUCUCCAGACCCUGAGUGACCUGUCGAGGGGGUUCCAGGAUAUUGCAGACCGGUGUCUCCUGGUAUUGCACCUGGAGGUCAGGGUGCACUGCUUCCAUUACCUGAUCCCGCUGGCCAAGGAAGGCAAUUAUUCCAUCGUGGCUAACGUGGAGAGCAUGGACUACGACCCACUGGUAGUGAAACUGAACAAGGACAUCUCAGCCAUAGAGGAGGCCAUGGGGGCCGCUCUGCAGCAGCACAAGUUCCAGUACAUCUUUGAAGGUCUGGGUCACCUGAUCUCCUGUAUUCUAAUCAACGGGGCCCAGUACUUUAAGAGGAUCAGCGAGUCCGGAAUCAAGAAGAUGUGCAGGAACAUCUUUGUCCUCCAACAGAACCUCACCAACAUCACCAUGUCCCGGGAGGCUGACCUCGACUUUGCCAGGCAGUACUAUGAGAUGCUGUACAACACUGCGGAUGAGCUGCUGAAUCUGGUGGUGGACCAGGGGGUUCGCUACACAGAGCUGGAGUACAUCAAUGCUCUGUCCUUGCUCCAUCGCAGCCAGACCGGUGUCGGGGACCUGAGCACCCAAAACAUCCGGCUGCAGAGGCUGAAGGAGAUCAUCUGCGAGCAGGCCGCCAUCAAACAGGCCACCAAGGACAAGAAGAUCACCACGGUGUAAACACCAGAAGGGGUUUGAGGGCCCGUCAAAAGUACCUCUGUCCUAUAAAAAAGAAAAAAAGAAAUCUGAUUCACGUGACUUCAGUUCUGUAUGGUGAGAACAGAUGAGUCGGCCAUGGAUGCAAAAGUUAUAGAUGGUAGGGCAAAAACUUGCAGAUUAGAAUUGGGAAAAAGUGAUGUAGAGGCUUGUUCGACACCCAGAUCAUAAUGUGAUCAUAUAUAUAUAUAAAUACAUGUGUAUGCAUAGCUACACCUGACUCCAGGGUCCCUCAGCGGAUGCAGCAAAGGCCCACUCUAAUUGGGAAGCCAGGUGACAACCAACACAACUGCAGACUUUGCGGUCUAGUUUGCCACGGAUGUAUCAAUUGACAACAUACCCCCACACACUCUGCCGCGACUCCAGAUAAAAGGCGAUUGUCUUGGACACUGUACCGAACGUAGGCCCCCAUCUCAUCUCAUUUUCCUAUUAGAUCUAAACUGGUGCCCUCGUUUACACCCCCAGCUCUACUCCCCCGGCAGCCCCAUGAGCCCACUGAUUCUGUCUCCAAUAACAGAUGUCGGAUUAGACCGUCUGAAUGAGGCCACGUCGCCCGCCUGCUGCCAAUUUCAGGUGGUCCCCAAAGAUUCCCCCUCGCAGAGAAUAGUAUCAUAACCAUUGCUGUUAAAAAUCUGUGUAGCUGUCUUUUUUCUUACAGUUGGAGCCGUAAACGAGUGUGGAACAUUGUGAGCUGAUUAACAUCGGGUACAAAUUGAACAACAGGGACUCUGUAAUAAAAGAUAUUUUUGCGGGAAUACAAUUGAAUCCUUCCAUAAAACAGAUAAGGUUUAUUUCAAAUGUUAUAUUUCACAUCCAGCACACCACAGUCGCGUGGCUCGCACUUUCUGUGUAACGGCACGUGUACGAAUACCCUUUAUCUGUCCAACUAGUUCUACAAACUAAAACAUUGCGAUUCUGAAUCUUUAUUUUGUCGUCCCAUCCCAAAUCAUUCCCCUCCCUGUUUCCACUUGAUUAACUUGGGGGAGAAGUACUUAACGGAGAGCCAGAGAAAGGAAAGGGAGCGUUGUCGAUACUGCGGGCCUGGUAGUGGUCUUCCGAAGCCCGCAAAGCAAUCCAUCAUAAUGACACGUGGGCUGAAAUCAAUGGGAAAACAACCGUGUAGCUGCUGAGGCGUUCGUCCACCACUCUGAAAACGGGCCUUCUCUGUAAAAUCUCAUAUCCGCUCAUUCAGCUGUUCAGAGCGUCUCUGAAAAUGUUAUAAAUGGAAAACUUCAAUACAAUGUUAAAGGUUGUGUCUUUUCGCAAAGAGAUUCUAUUAUAAUAUCAUCCCACUGCACACAGACGGCCCCUAAAAGUCCUGGGGGGCGUACGUACGACCCCGUUCUAUUAUUCACGGAUGAAAUAUGUAAAAUGUAAUCAAGAUUCAUUUUUUAAAUAUUUGGCAAAACUGCUCAUACACAUUUCUAUGUCAUGUUUCUUUUUAUUUUCAAAGGAUCUUUAUUUUGCACAUUUGCAGUAAACUGUGUUUCAAAGAAGAAUGUAUUUAAAUCUGUGUUUUUCUUGAACAAGUUGAAACAUCCUCAUGGCUGCUCUAGCUGUUGAGUGUCAUCUUUGAAAUGCUCUGAAAUGUUUGCCUAGUCACACACACGAUUUGUUAACGCAUACACUAAUCCACUAAGAAAAUAAAGCCUUCAAAGUCC